CGCACACUACCUACCCACGAUGCAGCGCGGUUGCAUACAACAUAGCCAUCUUGUCAAGAGUAACUGAGUGAGGGAGGUAACUGUAGGCGCUGUUUAGAGACUCAUUUGUGUUAAAGCGUAAACAAUUAAGAGCAUUUCCUCACUCGACCGCCGUUAGCUUCAAAGUAAGUGUCGCCCCCGAAUGACAUAAGCUGAUGUGGUGAGUGGAUACAAAGGACUGUUUUCAGGAAGAUGUCUUGUAUACUUGUUCCGACGUAGGGGGAGUGUGCAGCAGCCAGUUGGCUUGACUUGCUAGCUAGCUCGGUGAGUGGAGGGCUGUGGGCCCUCCUCAGCCUAAAGUAGGUCCUGCAGCUGGGCAACACACUCUGCGACAACGGCCGUUUGGCAACUGUACAGCCGCGACAUUAGCAGGCCGGUCCGGACUGACAGAAAGCUCCGGAUCAGUCAUCCUACAGGCUGCUGCUGGUAUCUGAAGCCGCAUUGCUGGACAAGACGACCCGAAGUGUGGCGUUGCGUUAUGAGCUCAUGAAACGCAACAGGAGAUCGAGAGAGGAAGAGGGAUGGCGUAUAUUCACCUUGAUUACAGUUAGCUUGGCUAAGUAAAAUACUUGUAAUCGUCCUGUUUAGUAUGAUCUUCGCUUUAAGAAGCUGCAACCAGCUCGUCUCUUUCUGAGGGAGGAUAAACUUAGCCACACGGGACUUGGUUGAUGAGCUUGAUCAGGCUGGCAAUAUGUCGAAAAUGCCGGCCAAGAAAAAGAGCUGUUUUCAGAUCACAAGUGUGACUCAGGCCCAGGUGGCGGGUAUUGGUGCCGCCGACGACACGGAGAGUCUGGACGACCCAGACGAGUCACGGACUGAAGAUGUCUCGUCAGAGAUAUACGACAUGUCCAGGGCUGAGUACGAGCCUGCAUGUGACAUUAAUUCAUCUGAAGAAGCCCUGAAUAAUGUCGGUGAGUCAGAGGCAAUCAAUGUUAUGGCACCAUCACACAUACCUCAAGGCGGUCAGUUGUCUGCCAUGUCAGGCAAUAUCAUGGGGGAGUUUCGAAAGGUGGGAGUGUCGGCUACUCAAGGUGGUCAGCAGCCUCCGGGGCUCGGCGCUACAACCGGUGUAUCCCUCAUCACUCAGCCUGGGGCAAUGCAGCAACAGCCUGCUCCAGCAGCCAGCGCUCCAGUAAACACAUCCCAACCUGCUGCAGUGACCAGUACAGCUCCUCCUCCUGCCACCUCCACGGUGAGUUGCACUUCACGCUUCAGGGUCAUUAAACUCGAUCAUGGUACUGGAGAACCCUUUCGAAGAGGCAGGUGGACAUGUACGGAGUUUUAUGAGAAAGACUCUGAGGGCUCUGCUGUUAGUAGAACUGGGGAUAGCACUAGGCAUGCAAGUGCCUCAUUCCAGGGGUCCAGUGCAACCCUGGACCCCGCUGCAGACAGAGACAGUGGGCUUGGCCAUACAGGAGGAUCUGUGGUUACCCCGGCAACACACUCAGGUCAGGGCUUGGGCUCUGUGGCGGAUGCUUCUCUCUCUUCAUCCCGCAUGCAUUUGGUGGAGAUGCCACCGCAGCAGCAGCAACAACAGAUCCACCAUCCAAACUACAGCGCCACACCGAGUGCUUUCUCCAGCAUCAAGCCAACAGUGGGAAGUCUCCAGCCUUCUGCUCCCCAGAGCGUGCUGCCUCUCGGACAAAACGGCCUGCCUCAAUCUGUUAUCCACAUACAGAAGUCCCCCAUAAUGCCUCUUUCAGCUCAGCCCGUUGCUUACCCUCCCCUGCAGCAGCAACAGCCGGUUCCUCUAGGCCACCAGCUGACCAGCGUGUCUUCUGGAUUGCUACAGAACCAGACAGAGUACUAUCAGCAGCAACAGCCCACCUCCAUGCAGUCAGGAAUAUCCACUGGCCAGACCCUUCCAGUGUCCAGCCUCUCAGCUGGGCUACAGCCUGUGGGACAAGGACACACUUCGGUUUUGCCUCCAGCCUCUGGAGGGGCUUCCGUGCCCAGUCAGGUUGGAGAUGUUGUAGGAGCAGGAGGAGGGUCUGUGCCUACUGGACAGCCAGCUCCAGGCCUCUUGCAGCAGCAGACAGGAGGAAUGGGAGGUGUCGGAGGCUCCAUACUGGUUGGUGGAUCCGCUUUGCAUCCGCAGGCUGUGAAUCAGUAUACAGCCACUGGACAGCCUCAACCCCACGGCAUCCACUCUACAUCCUCCGGUGUACAAAAUGUGCCUGCCAUCGCAGUGAGCACCACUGUGAACACUGCUGUGUCCAGUGCCUCCAGUGCAGCCAUGCCAAAUGUGACGACCUCCAGUUUGCCUCCAGGUCAGAUACCCCACAGCAGGACUCUAGUGGCUUUGGGGGUACAGGGCCUCCCAGCAACUGGAUUUGGACAUAAAGAGGGCGGUGUUGGAGGGAAGUCAGAGGGUCUUGUAAAUGCACAGUCUCCUGUUGUCACUGGUAAGGAACCAGUGAAGUCCCUCAUGCCUGAGAGCCUGCAGCUCGCCACUCCAACUGUCAACAGCCUGUUUGGAAUCCACAUACCUGAUGACGGAGAUAUGGACAGGGCCUCGGGAACCAAUGUUGCAGCCAUUGACAAUAAAAUUGAACAGGCAAUGGACCUAGUAAAAAGCCAUCUGAUGUAUGCGGUGCGUGAAGAGGUGGAGGUCUUAAAGGAGCAGAUCAAGGAGCUGUUUGAGAGGAACUCUGUGCUGGAGAGGGAGAACGCCGUGUUGAAAUCUCUGGCCAACAGCGAGCAGCUGUCCCAGCUGCCUGCGCAGUCGGCCACCAGCUCCGGCACCACGCCCCCCCAGCAAGGACUCAGCCAGCCUCAGCAACAGGCCCAGCCUCCGCUUCAAGUUCAGCCUCAACCGCAGUCACACGGCCAGCUCCAGCUCCAGCACCACCCCAUACCCCAGCAGCUCCAGACUCAGCUCGAUCCUGGCCAACAACAAAUGCAACCCAACGUCACCUCCGCUUGAAGCGCAUCGGCCCUGCUUCGCUUAAAGCAGAAAAAAAAAAAGCAUCUUCUCUACAACUUAUUACAGUUAGUUUAUGUGAAAUUAAAAAGAAGAAAAAAAAAGACAACUGUCUUCUUAGCCACCGCUUGUGUGUGUGUGUGUGUGUGUGUGUGUGUGUGUGUGUGUGUGUGUGUGUGUGUGUGUGUGUGUGUGUGUGUGUGUGUGUGUGUGUGUGUGUGUGUGUGUGUGUGUGUGUGUGUUGUGUGUGUGUGUGUGUGUGUGUGUGUGUGUGUGUGUGUGUGUGUGUGUGUGUGUGUGUGUGUGUGUGUGUGAAUUGAUGUUGGAAUGUGAGUGUGUAUGCAUCUGUACUGUGGGCCUUUCCAGUGUUAAUGCAAUCAUUGAGAGAGACAGAGAGACUUGGACAGAGAAAGUGUGUGUAGAGACAGAGUAUCAGGGAAGGUCGGGGUGUUUGUUUUCAUCUUGGCACUGUUCCCGGAGUGGUUGACUGCUGGGUCCAAGCUUGUGGACAGGAUGUCUUCUCUUGGACCAGGCCCAAGCCAGACUGGUCGCGACCUGACCCGAAACCUCAAACCGUGUGUGUUGGAAAGGGAGGGCUUCACCCCGCAUAAGGGACAAAAGGGAGUGAUUGUCAGAAGAGAGCGAUUAUUUUUUUUUAAAAUGAGAUAGAGUGGGUAAAGGGGUAUUUUUUAGCAUUGCUGUUUCAUGUUGUAAAGGAAAAAAGAGGCAGUGAGAGUGUUUUUCAGAGCGCCACACCGCGGCCGUUACUUUUACAUCAAAUCCAACCCUUGCAUCAGUCUUUUGAGUUCUACUGUUAAGUGUUUUAUUUAUUACAGGGCUGCUAUUCUCAUAAAUGAACAGUUUCACAACACCUGUUUAACGGUAGCCCAGUGACUUGUUUCCUCUUCUACAGUGUUUCAACAGUUUGGCCAUAUUUCCCAAUGCUUUAAUUGUUAAAACGUUAGGUGAAAGAGAAAAUCUGACAAAUGUUUAACACUAACUACAGUUUUACGCUGCGAUUGCCAAUUCCUUGCUCAAGUCCAUAUCCAGUAUGAAUGUACAUUUAUGUAUAGUAUAAAGUAUUAAGAGCCUUAAUGGGUGACUCCUCGCCUGUUUACAUCAAAUCUUAACGAGAGCCUGCAGAUGGUAUUUGAUGAACAUUCAAUUCUGUCGGUAGUAAUAUCUAAAAGUGAAUUAGUAUUGCCAUCACCCCCCUACUUCAUGUUUCUUUCUACCAAUGUCUUUCCUUAGGGUGUGGGGGGGAAGCUGUGAAAUCAUUCAACCUACUUUGUAACCAAAGAUGCAAAGCUGUGUAAAUUGAUUAUUUUUAAAUGCACACAUGUAUUUCUUUCAUGUAUUUUUUUUUUUUUUUGUUACUUCUUUCUUCACAAAAUAGUUUGUUGCUGUUCAGCAUGUUCUGCAUGAUCUGUAAUCUUCAAACCACUUUCUUACCUCAUUUUUAUUCAGCACUCUUAUUGUAAGAUAGUCUGUGAACAGUGUAAAUGGGGGCGGGGGGGUGAUGCGGAGCAGAGAGAAAAAUAACCUAGUGUCACUGACACUAGUCCCAGAAAAAUGAAGUGAGCCAUGUUUUGUUCAUUUAAAUGGUGUUUGAAUUUCAUAUGCCAAUAGUUUUGUUACAUUGCAAAUUUUAAUGUAUUUAAAUAAAAGCAAUAUUCAGA